AUGUCAUCACCGUGCGAAAAAAUCUAUCUUUCGCAAACCUAUCAAAACACACUUGCCAACGUAAAAAUAAUUUCCAUCAUCAAAUUGAUAUCCAUAUCGGAACAGAGAAAUGUGAGAGAGGACCACAAUUUGUUGACGAGUAAUAAUAUCACCAAACAAUUACAGAAAUUAUGUGGACAUAAAGAGGAAUUUUAUAAAAUUAUUUUGGACAAGACUAUUUUUCAUCCACAAGGAGGAGGCCAACCAUGUGAUGAAGGAGUUAUUUAUUUAAUUGUCAAAAGCUCAGAAAUAUUGUCAACAUUUAAAUUUCAUGUUAAAUUAGUAAAAUUGGAAGACGAUUUAGUUCAAAUUGGUCAUUAUGGAUGGUUUGAGAAUAGUGAUGAGAUGGAACUUUUGAAACAACAAUUACAUGGAAAUUCAAUGACCACAGGACAAAUUAGCUCGAUCGAAAAGACAAUGCAUCAUGUUGAAAUUUUGGCAAACUUGGAAAUUGAUUUGGAAAAAAGAAUUUUGUAUACAAAGAUUCACAGUGCUGGCCAUGUGUUGGAUUUAGCAGUUGUAAAUUGUGGAUACAACCAAUGGAAAUCGAGUAGAGGAUAUCAUUUUCCAGAUGCUCCAUAUUGCGAAUAUCAACAUUGUAACCAAUUACCAUCUCCAAAUGAAUCAAUGGUAACCAUAAUAAUGGAUCAACUUAACAAGGAAAUUGAAGAAAUCAUGACUUUUCAAGAUUUGAGUGUCGAAAAAACUUUUGUGCCUUACCAUGUCGAAGAGCCCAACCAAGAACUAGCUUCCAAAUUUCUCAAUAAUCAAAUUCCACCCUAUCUUCCUCCAGGACAACAUGUUCGAUUUGUAAAGUAUGGAUCUGUAGAAUGCGCUUGCUCUGGUUUGGGUUUGGGUUUGGGUUUGGGUUUGGGUUUGGGUUUGGGUUUGGGUUUGGGUUUGGGUUUGGGUUUGGGUUUGGGUUUGGGUUUGGGUUUGGGUUUGGGUUUGGGUUUGGGUUUGGGUUUGGGUUUGGGUUUGGGUUUGGGUUUGGGUUUGGGUUUGGGUUUGGGUUUGGGUUUGGGUUUGGGUUUGGGUUUGGGUUUGGGUUUGGGUUUGGGUUUGGGUUUGGGUUUGGGUUUGGGUUUGGGUUUGGGUUUGGGUUUGGGUUUGGGUUUGGGUUUGGGUUUGGGUUUGGGUUUGGGUUUGGGUUUGGGUUUGGGUUUGGGUUUGGGUUUGGGUUUGGGUUUGGGUUUGGGUUUGGGUUUGGGUUUGGGUUUGGGUUUGGGUUUGGGUUUGGGUUUGGGUUUGGGUUUGGGUUUGGGUUUGGGUUUGGGUUUGGGUUUGGGUUUGGGUUUGGGUUUGGGUUUGGGUUUGGGUUUGGGUUUGGGUUUGGGUUUGGGUUUGGGUUUGGGUUUGGGUUUGGGUUUGGGUUUGGGUUUGGGUUUGGGUUUGGGUUUGGGUUUGGGUUUGGGUUUGGGUUUGGGUUUGGGUUUGGGUUUGGGUUUGGGUUUGGGUUUGGGUUUGGGUUUGGGUUUGGGUUUGGGUUUGGGUUUGGGUUUGGGUUUGGGUUUGGGUUUGGGUUUGGGUUUGGGUUUGGGUUUGGGUUUGGGUUUGGGUUUGGGUUUGGGUUUGGGUUUGGGUUUGGGUUUGGGUUUGGGUUUGGGUUUGGGUUUGGGUUUGGGUUUGGGUUUGGGUUUGGGUUUGGGUUUGGGUUUGGGUUUGGGUUUGGGUUUGGGUUUGGGUUUGGGUUUGGGUUUGGGUUUGGGUUUGGGUUUGGGUUUGGGUUUGGGUUUGGGUUUGGGUUUGGGUUUGGGUUUGGGUUUGGGUUUGGGUUUGGGUUUGGGUUUGGGUUUGGGUUUGGGUUUGGGUUUGGGUUUGGGUUUGGGUUUGGGUUUGGGUUUGGGUUUGGGUUUGGGUUUGGGUUUGGGUUUGGGUUUGGGUUUGGGUUUGGGUUUGGGUUUGGGUUUGGGUUUGGGUUUGGGUUUGGGUUUGGGUUUGGGUUUGGGUUUGGGUUUGGGUUUGGGUUUGGGUUUGGGUUUGGGUUUGGGUUUGGGUUUGGGUUUGGGUUUGGGUUUGGGUUUGGGUUUGGGUUUGGGUUUGGGUUUGGGUUUGGGUUUGGGUUUGGGUUUGGGUUUGGGUUUGGGUUUGGGUUUGGGUUUGGGUUUGGGUUUGGGUUUGGGUUUGGGUUUGGGUUUGGGUUUGGGUUUGGG